AUGAAGAUCAAACUUUGUUUGGCAAAAUGGUGUGUAGAGAAAUCUAUUGACUUAAUMAUUGUGGGUCCAGAAGAUCCUCUUGCAUCAGGAAUUGCAGAUGUAUUAGCUGCUUAUAACCUAAAUUGUUUUGGACCAUCUACUAAAGCAGCCCGCAUUGAAAGUGACAAAGAAUGGUCAAAACAAUUUAUGAACGAAUUUAAUAUUCCUACAGCCAAAUGGAGAUCAUUUAAUGAUGUUAAACAAGCAACAGAUUUUGUUUAUUCUGCUGAUUAUCCUGCAUUAGUAGUAAAAGCAAGUGGCCUUGCUGCGGGCAAAGGAGUGGUAGUUGCUUCUAAUAAACAGGAAGCAUGCUUGGCUUUAGAUGCAAUUUUAACAGAAAAUAGGUUUGGUAAAGCUGGUCAGACCGUUGUAGUUGAAGAAUUAUUACAAGGAGAAGAAGUUUCAGUUUUAUGUUUUUCUGAUGGUGUUAAUAUAAAUGUUAUGCUACCAAGUCAAGAUUAUAAAAGGGCAUAUAAUCAAGACAAGGGUCCAAAUACUGGAGGUAUGGGAGCAGUUUGUCCUUGUUACAACAUGCCUCAAAAUGAGUUGGAUGAAGCAAAAAAUAUUUUACAAAGGGCAAUUGAUGGUCUUCGUAGUCAAGGGACUCCUUUUGUUGGUGUUCUUUAUGCUGGUUUAAUGGUAACCAAUGAUGGCAUUAGAGUUUUAGAAUUUAAUUGUCGAUUUGGAGAUCCUGAAACCCAAACAAUAUUGCCACUAUUAGAAUCUGACCUUUAUGAUAUUAUGAAAGCAUGUUGCAAUGGUACUUUGAAUACAGUUGAAGUUAAAUGGAAAACUGAUCAAUUUUGUGUUGGUGUUGUGAUGGCUAGUAGAGGAUAUCCAUUAACAUCCAGUAAAGGGGAUGUAAUAUCUGGAUUACCUAGUGUAACAAAAGGUAUGGUGUUUCAUAUGGGCACUAAGUUAAACAAUUAUGGGGAAUUGGUAACAAAUGGUGGUCGUGUAUUAAUUGUGGUAACUACUCAUCAAGACUUAGUUUUAGCAGCUGCUAGAGCCACUAUGGCUUGUGGUAGAAUUAUGUUUAAUGGCGCUCAGUUCAGAACUGAUAUUGCUCAUAGAGGAAUUGCUAGAGCAAUUCUCGCUAAAGGUGUUACUACUUACAAGUCUAGCGGUGUUGAUAUAACUGCUGGAAAUAAUUUAAUUCCAAUUUAUAAACAAAUGGUAGCUGUAACAAAACGGCAAGGAGUACUGGGAGAUUUGGGUUCAUUUGGUGCCAUGUUUGAUCUCAAAGCAGCUGCAUUCAAGGACCCAAUACUUGUGUCCAGUUCAGAUGGAGUUGGCACUAAAUUGAAGGUUGCUCWAUCAUGUAACAGUCAUGAAUCAAUUGGACAAGAUCUUGUUGCGAUGUGUGUCAAUGAUAUAUUAGUUCAUGGUGCUGAACCUUUGUUUUUCCUUGAUUAUUAUGCAACUGGUCGAUUGGAAGGAGGAGCUGUUGUACAAGUUGUUAAAGGCAUUGUUGAUGGUUGCCGUCAAUCUGGAUGUGCUCUUAUAGGUGGAGAAACAGCAGAGAUGCCAGGUCUUUAUCAAAAUAAUGAUUACGAUGUAGCAGGUUUUGCUGUAGGAGCAGURGAGCGAAAUAAGAUUUUACCUCAUAUUGAAGAUAUUGUUUCUGKGGAUGUUGUUAUUGGUUUAGAAUCAAGUGGUGUUCAUGCUAAUGGAUUUAGUUUGAUUCGUAAAAUAAUGGACAUGGGUUGUCAUAAAUUUACAGAUGAAGCACCCUUUAGCUUAGACAAGAAGACGUAUGACGAACCAUCAGUUGAAGUUAAAAAAUUUGCAAAUGCCAUGGAGCCUUUGAUGCGUCCUCAUAUUCAGACCUAUGUGGCAUCUAGAAUGCAUCCAAAAAUGCGUGUAGCUGUUCUUAUUUCAGGAUCUGGUACUAAUUUGCAGUCGUUGAUUGAUGCUACUACUGAUGACCCAUCUAUGAUGUCUGAAAUUGUUUUAGUAAUUUCUAAUAGACCAGAAGUUGAAGGACUAAAACGUGCCAGGCGUGCUGGUAUAUUGGCUUUGGAAAUAGAUCAUACUAAGUUUAAUACCCGUGAAGAAUUUGAAGAUGAAAUGUUGAAAGCAUUAGAUCAAACACAAGUAGAUGUUGUUUGUUUAGCUGGUUUCAUGCGCGUGUUAACAAAUAACUUUGUGAACAAAUGGAGAGGUAGACUAUUAAACAUACACCCUUCACUUUUACCUUUAUUCAAAGGUCUUUAUCCUCAAAGGCAAGCCCUUGAAUCUGGCGUUAGAGUUGCUGGCUGUACAGUCCAUUUUGUAGAAUUAGAAAUUGAUGCAGGAGCAAUCUUAGUACAAGAAAGUGUGAACAUAAGUGUAGAUGAAACAGAAGAAAGUCUCAUUGAAAAAAUUAAGAAGGUUGAACACAUUGCUUUUCCAAAGGCAUUAAAACUGUUUGCUACCAAUCAAGUUUAUUUGGAUAAAGAUAUUGGUAAAGUAAAAUGGUUAUCAAAUUCAAGUGAUGUGUUUAGAAAUAUUGUUUAAAUAACAAUUAAUCAUUUUUAUAUUAAUUGUAUAUUCCAUCAUUUUUAUUUUAUUUUU